GUUUUUGGCUCUCUCGAACUGCGAAUUCCGAAGUAUUAUCCAAGUCGCCGUCAGUUACCAAUCGCAGCUUGAGUUGAGAGGCAACAAUACCCAGUCAUGAAGCAGUUUAUAGUUUUGGUCGUUUGUUUGUUGGGAGCCAGCACAGCUGAUGUAUCCCACCUGGUCACGCCGGAACCGAAGGUUCCAGCUAGUCCGUAUGUGUUUAGCUACCAGGCUGGCCGAGCUCCCGGACAUGUGGAUCGCCAGCACACAGAGGUAUCCGACGGAUCGGGUGUCAUUCGCGGAGCUUUCUCCUAUGUGGAUCCCAAGAACCAGGUUCGCACCGUCCAGUAUGUGGCUGAUGAGAAUGGCUUCCAUCCUCAACUGAGCCACAAACUGGAGGACAGUGCCGCCGUCCAGGCUGCUAAGAGAAGGCAUUUCGAGGCCUACAAUCGAAUUGCGCAAGAGCAUGCUAGUCACACACCAGGCCAAGCAGCACUAGCUAACGCUCCGCAUGCCAGCGCCGCCGUGGCCCAUGCCACCCAGAAGCACUUGAGCGCCUUCGAGCGGAUCGCAGCCGAGCACGCGGCUAUUGGACGCCAGCAGGAGGCACAGCGUCUGGCACUGGCCGCCCAAUCCGAGCAUGGAGAUAUCGAAGAUGGUCAGUACCACCCGUAAAAGGUGCUGUGGCCCAGCAGCCAACUGUACGACAUGAAAAUAAAAAGGAACUUUCAAGAACCACCUA